CCCCAUCCUAUUCUAUUUCCUUGUGAGGCUAUUUACAUGUAUUAUCAUUUUGCACAAUGGCAGCCUGUCCCUCGACCGCAUAUCAGCGCCCAGACAAGGGCAUCCUGUCCUAUCUCCCACUUGUUUGCGUGCCUUAUGGCGAACUCAUACGCCUAUCGAAGCCUACUGGAGUACUCAAUAUUUACUUCCCAUAUCUAUUUGGUGUCCUCUAUGCAGCUUGUCGCGGCCCCAUGAGCAUACAACUCAUAAGCCAGCGUAGUGCUGAAUUGCUCAUUGCAGCCUUCGUUCUCCGAAGCCUGGGGUGCAGUUGGAAUGACAUUAUCGACCGCAAUAUUGAUCGCCAAGUGUCGAGAUCCCGCCAUCGUCCCAUGGCUCGGGGCGCGAUCAGCAUGCCAGCUGCUCUCCUCUUUACUGGCUUGCAGUAUUUUCUUUGGAUCGCAAUCCUCUCAACUACUCUGCCCAACCACUGGCACUAUAGCAUCCCGUUGAUGGGUUUAGUCCUCUUCUACCCGUUCGCCAAGCGUAUCACAUACCACGCACAGGCAGUAUUAGGCAUCACUUUGGCAUUUGGGGUCCCUCUCGGAUCCAGUGUGAUGGGUGAUGACCCGCUCCGAAUGAGACAUGUUGAUGGCGCUCGUCGAGCCGGCUUGAUGUCACUUUAUCUCAGCUACGUACUAUGGAGCGUGAUCCAUGACACGAUUUAUGCGCAACAGGAUAUACGAGAUGACCUAAAGAUCGGUGUUCGCUCUAUGGCCGUCUACUACCGACAUCGUGUCAAGACGAUGCUGCUCGUUACCAGUCUCCUACUCUUUGUGCUUCACAUCCAUACUGGCAUGACACUUGGGGCACAUAUUCCGUAUCAAGUCUUGACGUCGGUGGGAUCUUCUGCCAUUAUCGCUUGGAUGCUCUGGAAGGUAAAUUUGAACGAUCCAGACGAUUGUGGUUGGUGGUUCCGUAACGGGAGUAUUGUUUGGGGGAUUCUAGUAGCAGGAGGGCUUUUUACAGAGGCUAUAUGCCAAAGUUAGCUUGUGGGUCUCACGAGACGAGAAUGACGAGAUAUGAUCAAAGUGUAACUGUCAGUUGGGAGUGAGAUGCUUAGACAGUGGAGAACGGGAGGAUGCGGGAAGGAUUCAUCAGUGGAUCCAAAGGAUAUAUCAAGUUGUCGGCCAUGUACCCCAACCAACCCCAUGACAAAGAGAAUAGGACACCAAAGUGUCGGAGUUAUUAUAAGAACAUGAAUGUAUAUCGUUGAUACAUUUCAAACAAAGAGGUUGCAGCCGGCGAAUCG